CGGGGCUCGGGGUGCCCAGGGUGGGGAGGCGUGGGAAGCGACAGCCAGCCAGCUAGACAGCAGAGCAUUGCAAAGCAACCCCCACCCCACUUCGGCGAGCUGCCGGACGAACGUCGGCGCACACGUACGACAAAGUUAGUGUGCACCCCCCAGUUCAUGGAACGAUACUCUUAGUGACAUGCCCGAAGUCAAGCCCAUGUUCCGAGAAGUCCUUCCCAAACAAGGGCAGCUCUCCAUGGAGGAUGUGCCCACUAUGGUCCUCUGCAAGCCUAAACUUCUGCCGCUGAAGUCCGUCACCCUGGAGAAACUGGAGAAGAUGCAGCAGGAGGCACAAGGAAUCAUUCGGCAGCAGGAGGCAGCACUGAAAGAGCGGAGACAACAGGAGCAAGCGCAGUCUCAGUAGGGACUGGGGGUGUAAUGACAACAUCUGCCCUUUAGGGGCGCUGUAUCGUCACAACCUAAUAAUAUCCUAACAUAUCACAGUAGCUAGGGUAAACUUCCCCAGUGUACCCACUGAAUACAUACUAGCAUAGAAUAGUAAGUAUGGUGUAGCGCUAACAAACGCUUUGUGUGCUUCUGGUUGAUUGUAAGUGCUAAGAGGGCGUUCACCCAUUUCUCCCUAGAGCUCCUACAUACACGAUUGUCAUGGUAACAAGUUAAUCCCUCAAAGUAGUUCACUGGACUUUCAUGCAGUCUGUUUAGUUUAUACUUGAAUAGACUACUGCACACAAUGACCAAGAUGGGUAGACAACAUCUUUCAAUUUCAAAUAUUUAAUUUUUACUUUCAAUAUUUAAUCUCAAUUUACCUUUGGGGCAAGUCGUAUGGGUAGCAUGUUUCAUAAGAGUGGAGAAAUUUAGGUUUUUUUUUUUUUGAGAAUCAUCAGUGUCCUUUAAAAAUUGUGCAAAACUAGACGAAGCGGAACUUUCCACGGUCUGACCUAGUGCAGGAAUGCAUGCUUGCUAUCCUCCUUGCCACAUUAGCUGCCUGUAAUGCAGAAUGCAAAUUGGUUGGGUUCCUUUGGGUAGUUGCUAUGCCUCAUUUAGCUCUACAGUGACACCUACUGUCAGCCAGGGCAGCUACACUGUUGUGGGUUGCACAGGUUGCCUUAAAGUACACAGUGAUUCUAGUGGAAACAGUGUGAGCUCACCAUACACUGAGAGGAGAGACCUUUGAGAGAUGAUGUAAAAUAUGGGAGGAGUGCAUUACACCAAGAUCAGGAUUUACUGCUGCCCAGGGACCCGUACAGAGACGUAAGCUUCUCAUUUGCAGCAGAAACAGGAACUUCCAUAUUGAAACCAUCAGUAAUCACGAGAGUGACUGAAAAGAUUUUUUUUUUUUCUUUGCAGUUUAUUGUAAACAUGAACAGCGAGCAAGACUGGGCACAUUUCACUUACCAGUGUUCUUAAAUAUAAAAAUAAACAUUCUAGACACCA